AGUGCUGCAGUAAAGACCCAGAUUUGCGGCGAGAUCAGAUCGCUUCCUGACCUUUGUACUUCUCUAGACAAUCUAGAUAUCACUAUCAGUUUCCUCAAGUCUACAGGAGGCCAACCAGACAAAUCUUUGCACGAGUUUAUGGUUAACACCUUACAGAUGGACACGUCAAUACAAAGUCAAAAAGCCCAACAGGCAUGCGAGUUUCAACAUGCGCAGUCGCUAUGGUUACUGCUGUCUCUACAGAAAUCUAAAAAGACUAUAGAGCAUAAUCAACAUACAGAGUCCACGUUUGAGAGCGUUGUACAGGAGUUCCACGAGGAAUUGCCGGAUGAGUUACUGACUGCAUACAGGGCGUACAUGAAAAAGUUGUCAAUAGAAAAACUCACAGAAUUAUUGGAAAUUUUGCAUGAAUAUAUCCUGUUAGUAGUGGCUGUGAGACAGAACCCUGAGGAUGAAGAUUUUCUUGAUACAUCCAAUAACAAACUUGGAGAAUGGUUGUAUGUAUAUAUAGAGAAUAUGGACAAACCACCACUACAAAUAGCUGUACUGGCAGACUUUCCAAAGGACAUAUUAUACAAACACAGUGUUCAUACAUGGGUUAGUACCUAUGGUAUGCUGAGAGAGAAACAGACAGGAAACUAUCGUAGAUUCUGAUCAUGUCUGUAUUAGAGGGAAGAUUAUUAAAGGACAGUAUUGGACCAAACCUUUUUGGAUUGUUGUAGUAACAUUGUCAGAGUUUGUAAUGAUAACCUGUGAUAUGACAAUAUUUGUUACAUUUGCAGUGAUAUGGUAGAAAUUCAAAGAAGUAUUUAAUUAUUUUGAUUUGCAUGUGAUAAUAUAUGUGUAAGGACCUUGUUUUGUGAAUAUGUGGUGUCAAAUAAUUUCAGUCAUGAAAAAAAGGUAUGUUAGACUAUAAGUUAUUAUCUAUUUAUGAUGUCAUUUAUAAUUCACAUUAGUUUGUUGCUGUUAUUUUGAACUUAUUACAUUCGUUCGAAUUGUUAUUGCUGACAGUUUUCGAUAUUUCAUGAUGUUUUAAAAUGUAUUUUUCAGUUCCAUGCAGUGUGCCUUUAUUUCUCCUGUUGUAUAGUUAUUGUAUUGUGUAGUGCUGGAUUAUGUUUAUUCUUUAGUGUGAUUUUGUUCACUAUUAGUUUUGUUUAAGUUGUAUAUUUAUGUUAAUUUGAUAGUGUGCAGGUACAAUAUGUAAUUAUAGGUUAAAGCGUUUCCAUUUCGCUCAAAUAAAAACACUUUUUGUAUGAACAACACGGUACUAUAUAUGACCGAAAUGAAUACCAUUCAGUUUAAAAGGAUAGAUUUAAGUAAUGAUAACAAAAGAUAACAUUUAAGAAUAUGACUGAAAACAUAAAUUAUAAAUGUUUUAUCGCUUUUUAAAAAUAUUUUGCCUUUCUUCUUUAUCUGUUGUCUAUAAUUUGUGAAGUUUUAUAGAUAAGAUGUAUUUGAAAGAAACGUUAUUCCUGCUCUUUAUUAAUGCCUUGUGAUACAUAACAAAAGACAUGAGACAGAAUUAUUCCUCUUUGUAUUGAAGAUAAAGAAACGCUAUAUAGUCCAGAUUUAUUCAGUGUUAUGGAAUAUGUUUAUUUUUCUUUUACAAGGUAAUUGUUGUUAUUUAUUUGUUGCCUUACUUCUACUGUUUUUGCUUGGCUUAUUGUGUCUAUGAUUUAUUCAAGUAAUGUUUAUGUGAUUUAAUAUUUAAAAAAAAAAACUUACCAUGGCCGAGUGGUUAAGGUCGCUGGCUUCAAAUCACUUGCCCCUCAUCGAUGUGGGUUCGAGCCUCACUCGGGGCGUUGAAUUCUUCAUGUGAGGAAGCCAUCCAGUUGGCGUACGGAAGGUUGGUGGUUCUACCCAGGUGCCCACUCGUGAUGAAAUAAUGAACGGAGGGGCACCUGGGGUCUUCCUCCACCAUUAAAGCUGAAAUGUCGCCAUAUGACCUAUCAUGUGUCGGUGACGUUAAAUCCAACAAAAAAAUACUUACUGAAUGCCAUUUUUAAACGAAAUUAGUUUUUGAGCAUUUUCAGUAUAAAAAUGGAAUAGUAGGUCAUCUAGUUUACACGGUCACUUGAAAUGCGCGUAAUCAUUUAUCUUAAGCAUCCAAACUAUCUAGCAGUCUACAUAGUAGGAAUACACUUAUGUAUAGGGAACAGAGUUUGAAUUAUGUCUGUGAUAGCACUAUUUGAUAGCAGUGUUGGUAUGGACGGUAUCAUUUUAAAUCGACGUAAUUGAAGCAAAUGAUAAAACCUUUAGGCUGCAUAUAUAUUAUUAAGUGAUUUGAAUGGUGAUUUUUUCAAGUAUUAAAAGAACAAAUAUU